UUUUAAUAACAAUACUCUCUCCGUGUAGUGGAUUACAAUAAGAAAAGUAACACAUUUUCCCUCCUGAGUAUUAUUUUUAUUUUUUUUAGCAAAUUUAGAUCUACAUUGGAGAAAACCAUUAGUGAAUGCAGCUACGAAAUCUUUAGUAGUUGAAACAUUGGUAAAAUUUACACAUUUUUUGUACAUAUUACCAAAACUCGAUGGCACUCAGCGACGACUACCAGCAGCCCACAAACUCUACCAUCAAAGCACGAUUUUCGGAGCAUAUCCGGUCGCUCGACAACAAAAAAUUCGCGUCCGGGGUUAACGGAGAGUCAUUUUGUGUAUAAAAUUGCUUCAAAGUGAUUUCGUCCUCUUCCUUGCUGGAACCAUCGACGAAGAUAACGGUACGAACGUGGUAUACGAUAACUAUUUUAGCAGAUCCGAUGUUCCGCUGCACAAGCGACGAGGAGGGGCUGGUGGCUUCCGGUGCAAGAGCAACAACUGCGACACAGAAGAUUCAAAUCAAUUGUCGAUACAGCAGAAGAAAAAAAAUCCACCUGCAACCUAGGCCCAAACCAAGUCAGCUGCCUCUACUGUCAAUGCAUGUUUCCCUCGGACAACUUCAGGAGACUGCUAUCUCGUCGAAUGAAUUACUCAUGACAGAUUCCGCCGCGAAGGAGUAUUUUACUGACAUUGACCUCCAAGGGAGAGAUGUUAGAAAACAGAAAAGCAUGCAGCUUCCAUCGGGAUUACCAGUGAAAAUAGAAAUCAAGCUAUUCCAUGUGUUGAACGCGAUUGUUGCAUUUGGCAACGUAUUCGCGAUAGGGGCACCCGUGAUCAACGUGAACCACAUCAAGAAGAGCAAAGAGCGUACGACAUGCAUUAUCGAGGAUUUGUGUUUCGAUGUCCCAUCCGAGUAUGUACGACUUGGUUCCGAUUUCCAUCUUCAAAUCACCUUCGAAGUUGAGGAUGAAUUGAUGUAAUUUGCGAUUCGGGUCGCGUAGCGAGAACGACGAGGUGGAUAUAAGGGAAGCACUGAGAGUCCAACUGCCACUAACAUCAAACUUCUACGAAGGCGAUAAGCUGCGAAGGCUUGUAUGUUUGUUUGUAUUUUUACUCUCUAUUGUUUGACAUAUGAAUUUUUGGCGUAUUUGGAUUCUUUUCAACGGUUAAGUUAAUUCUAUAUUUUCUUUUCAAGUUUUGACUGUGCAUCUUUUUUUCAUUUUCUGGUGAAAAACACCUGCCGCACUCAAGGCCUUUUUCAUAACGAGACUCAAUUUUUGUUUUUUAACCACAUGGUUGAAGGUUCUGCCUAAGCUGUAGAGGAUGAGGAUGCCCGAAAAAGCAUGCUACUGAGUAUUGUAAUACAAAACUCACUCGUUAAAAGCCUACUGGAAAAGCUUUUCAAUAAUGAAAUAAAGAUAAAAAUAUUUCAACACAGCUUUUGAAAUAUAUAUUCAAAACAUAUUGUU